AUGGACUGGGGGCCCCGAAGAGCUCGGGGGUCGCUGGUGCUGCUGCUGCUGCUGCUGUGGCCGGUGCCGGGGCCCGGGGCUCUUCAAGGAGAUGUCCCUGGAGAGCCAGCUACCUUACACUGGGUCCUGGAUGGACAACCCUGUCACAAGGUCACCCUGGAGGAGUCGGUUUCAAAGCUAGACAUGAGGCUGGUGGCCUUGGAGGCUGAAGGCUGGGAGCUCCUGCUUGAGCUAGAGAAGAAACACAGGCUACUGGCUCCUGGAUACACAGAAACCCACUAUAACCCUGAUGGGCAGCCAGUGGUGCUGGUCCCCAAACACACGGAUCACUGCCACUACCAUGGGCGUGUGAGGGGCUACCCUGACUCCUGGGUAGUCCUCAGCACCUGCUCCGGGAUGAGCGGCCUGAUUGUGCUCAGCAGAAAUGCAAGCUAUUAUCUUCAUGCCUGGCCACCUGCCGUCUCCAAAGACCCCUGGACCUACAAGAUCUUCUGGACAGGGCAGCUGCUCAGUUGGAAAGGGGACUGUGGCCACAGGGACUCCAGUGACAAAAGGGACACUGCUGGCCUUCCUCGUGUCCCCCAGAGCAGGGAAAGGCGAGAGGCUCGCAGGAGCCCCAGGUACCUGGAGCUGUACAUGGUGGCGGACCACACCAUGUUCUUGGCCCAGCACCGGAACUUGAACAGCACCAAACAGCGUCUCCUAGAAGUCGUCAACUAUGUGGACCAGUUCCUCAGGACUCUGGACAUUCAAGUGGCUCUUACCGGCCUGGAAGUGUGGACGGAGCGGGACCUCAGCCGCGUCACGCCGGACGCGAACGCCACGCUCUGGGCCUUCCUGCAGUGGCGUCGGGGACUGUGGGCGCUGCAGCCACACGACUCUGCGCAGCUGCUUACGGGUCGCGCCUUCGGGGGCGCCACCGUGGGCCUAGCGCCAGUGGAGGGCAUGUGCCGCAUGGAGAGCUCUGGAGGCGUGAGCGCGGACCACUCGGAGCUCCCCAUUGGCGCUGCAGCCACCAUGGCCCACGAGAUAGGCCACAAUCUCGGCCUCAGCCACGAUCCCGACGGCUGCUGCGUGGAGGCCCUGGCCGAGCAGGGCGGCUGUAUCAUGGCAGCAGCCAUGGGACGCCCCUUUCCGCGCGUGUUCAGCGCCUGCAGCCGCCAGCAGCUACGCGCUUUCUUCCGGAAGGGAGGUGGUGCGUGCCUCUCCAAUGCCCCGGAUCCCUGGGUCCUGCUGCCACGGGCUCGCUGCGGGAACGGCAUCGUGGAGGCCGGCGAGGAGUGCGACUGCGGCGUCCUCCAGGAGUGCCGGGACUCAUGCUGCCUUGCCCACAACUGCUCGCUGCGCGCUGGGGCCCAGUGCACCCAUGGGGACUGCUGCGCGCGCUGCCUGCUGAAGCAGGCUGGCACGCUGUGCCGCCGGGCCACGGGCGACUGUGACCUCCCCGAGUUCUGCACGGGAUCCUCCCCCCACUGUCCGCCAGACGUUUACGUACUGGACGGCUCGCCUUGCGCCAGGGGCCGCGGCUACUGCCAGGAUGGCGCAUGCCCCACGCUUGAGCAGCAGUGCCAGCAACUCUGGGGGCCUGGCUCUCGCCCAGCCCCAGAGGCCUGUUUCCAGGUGGUGAACUCUGCAGGAGAUGCCCACGGGAACUGUGGCCAAGACAGACAGGGCCACUUUGUGCCUUGUCCACAGAGGGAUGCCCAGUGUGGGAAGCUGCAGUGCCAGGGUGGGGAGCUGAGGCCCCGAGUGCCACACACAGAGCCUGUGGACUCCACUAUCAGCUUGGAUGGCCGUGAGAUGACCUGCAGGGCAGCUUUUGCUCUCCCUGGGAUCCAGCUAGACCUGCCUGAUUUGGGCCUGGUAGAGACAGGCACUCAGUGUGGACCCAGAAUGGUGUGCCGAGACAGGCGCUGCCAGAAUGCCACCUUCCAGGAGCUGGAGCAUUGCCUGGCAACAUGCCAUGCCCAUGGGGUUUGCAAUAGCAACUACAACUGUCACUGUGCUCCAGGCUGGGCACCACCCUCCUGCGAUGAGCCAGGGUUGGGAGGCAGCAUAGACAGCGGCCCGCUGCGGCCUGAAAGCCACGAUGCCUUCCUGCUGGCCAUGAUCCUCAGCUUCCUGCUGCCUCUGUUCCUGGGGGCUGGCCUGGCCUGGUGCUGCUUCCGGUGUCCGAGGUCCUGUCUCCAGCAGUACCUCUGGGACUCGAGGAGGGGUCCUGCUCGCAGUGGGCCCAUACCUAACCCAGGCAGGGACCACCCAGUGAGCAGCAUUUACCCCAUGGAGCUAGGCCCGACAGCCACUGGAAUGUCCCAGCCCCUUGAGCCCAACAGCCACCCUGAGAAGCUGGGCCUCAAGCCCUGCCUGCACCUUCAUGUCUGA